CACAACUCAACUCAACUCACAGCCUUUCAUUUUUUCAUUCAUUCAAACACACAUAACUCACUCCUGCUGUCCCCAGAGAUGAAGAAGGAAACAGGUGCUCAGUUAACCUCAAUAGAUGAGCAGAAACCCUUGAACCAUCAGCAGCAAAUCAACCCUCGUGCUGCUUCAUUUGCCAACUCUAGAAGAUUAAAAUCCAAUCGACGCAACCUACCCAAUCGGUCUCUCAUUGCAGCUCAAAGAGAAAUGUACUUCAAAUUUUGCGUACCUCUAUACGAAGCAUCGGUUAAAUGUGAUUGGAAAGCCGCAAAAGCCAUUCUUGACAAGGAUCCGGAGUUGGUAAGGUAUAGCAUCACCGAGAAUGGGGAAACAGCACUUCACGUUGCAGCAUCGGUGAAAACAAACAAACAUGUGGAGAAGUUUGUGAAAAAUCUGGUGGAUAUGAUGAAAGAGGAAGACUUGGAACUUGUAAAUGAAAAUUCCAACACCGCGCUCUAUUUAGCAGCUGCAGCUGGAAAUAUUAAAACGGUUAGGAUAAUGGUGGAAAAGAAUAGGGGCUUGCUGAUAAUCCCUGGUGCUAGGGGACAAAUGAUGCCGUUGUAUUCGGCUGCCUUGUAUGGGAAUUAUGAAGUGGUGAAGUAUCUGUAUGAAAAUUCAAACGAGUUGAAUGAUGAUGGUUGGAAUCCUCAGAAUCGCGGUUGGCUUCUUGAGAAAUGUGUGGAAGCUGAUAUGUUCGAUGUCGCCCUGCAGAUAGUUAAAAAGCAUCCGAAGCUUGAAACUGGGAAUCUACUUGGAAUAUUGGCUCGAAAGCCUGACGCGUUUUCUGAAACAAACUAUAAUGUCACUGAAAGAAGUAUUAGUUCCGUUGUGGCAUUAGUUAGUUUAAAUGUGGGAGUUUAUGAAAAGGAAAGUGAAGCACUGCAACUACUAAAAAUUGUUUGGGAAGAUAUUGCGAAAAAGCCUCGGCUUGAAAUUGAUGAAAUACUGCGAGGUUCACCUGAUUCGAUUAAACAAGAGGAGAAGCUAACUUCAGAAAAGGUCGUUCAAACUUUGCAACUACAAAAACUCAUUUCGGAACUUCUUGACAAACUGGAUGUAGAAACCCAAAACAUAAUGAGAGGGCCGCCAAAUGCUGAUCAAGCUCUGCAAUUACAGAAACUAAUUUCCGAACAUCUUGUGAACAUGCAUGUUGAAACAAAGAACAUGAUUAAGCAAGACAAGAGGCCAGUUUCAGGUAAGGGAGAUCACGCUCUCGAACUACAAAAACUCAUUUCUGAUCAUAUUGUUAGCAUGCAUGUUAACACGCAAAACAUACUCAAGCGAGAAUCUGGAAAGAAAGAUCAAGUGCGGUACUUACAAAAGCUUGUUUCUAAACAUAUUGCCAAAAUGCGUGUUGCGUCAACUUUAAAGGAAACACACUCUUCUCGGGUACUAUUUAUUGCUGCAGAAAUGGGCAAUACUAAAUUUUUAGUUGAGCUCAUCCGUCGAUAUCCUGAUCUGAUGUGGAAGGUAAACGAUUACAAUCAAACAAUAUUUCAUAUUGCUGUCAAAGAUCGUCAUGAGGGUAUCUACAAUCUAUUGUAUGAGAUAGGCUCAAUGAAGGAUUUGAUAACUCCCCUCCGAGAUGCAGAUGAGAACAAUAUGUUGCACUUAGCCGGAAAGAGUGCCACGAAAGAGCGACUUGCUGAUGUGUCCGGGGCUGCUUUACAAAUGCAAAGAGAAUUGUUAUGGUUCAAGGAAGUAAGGAAUAUGAUCCCCCCUUCUUAUAGAGAAAGGAAGAACAAAGAUGGUCUAACACCACGCGAGUUAUUCACCGAGGAACACAAAGAACUUAUUGUAGAAGGCGAAAAGUGGAUGAAAGGAACGGCUAGUCAAUGUAUGGUUGUUGCGGCGCUUAUUGCCACGAUAGUAUUUGCAGCGGCUUUUACAAUUCCAGGUGGAUAUAGUCAAAACUAUGGUAUUCCUAUCUUCUAUCGGAAAUCAAUCUUCGUUGUAUUUGUAGUGGCAGAUGCCAUAUCCUUGUUCUUAUCAUCAGCUUCCAUACUUACCUUCUUAUCCAUCCUCACAUCCCGUUACGCGGAACGUGAUUUUGUGGAAUCAUUACCUACAAAGUUGAUGUUAGGUCUAGCAACUCUGUUCCUCUCUAUAACAACCAUGAUGAUCACAUUUAGCGUCAGCUUCUUCAUACUAUACCAUAAAGAAAUGAAAUGGAUACCUAUCUUUAUUAGUGUGUUUGCUGUCACGCCGGUCCUUCUAUAUGUUGUGCUGCAAUAUCAUCUGUUAGUCGAUGUAAUUCGCUCAACAUAUGGUUCUAGAUAUCUAUUUAAGCCCGGUAAACAAUUCCUCUACUAUGUAAACCCGAGGGUGUAACCAUUGUCGUUUUCAUAUUGUAAUGGUUUGAUUAAUUUCAGAAGGCACUAGUUGUACUAAGUUGCAAACGUUGUUUAGUACAGAUCGAGGGUUCGUUUGUAAAAGUACAUAGGAGAAGAAAGGCUGAAGAUUUAUUGAUGGAUAGAAAGAAGAUAAUGAAGAUUUUUAAGAGUAUGUAAAUUGUCUUAAUGCAACAAUGACGUUGUGAUGGUGAGUGCAGGUUUUGUAAAUUUUUAAGAAGAUAAUGAAGAUUUUAAGAUUUCGUUUCCUACGGAAAACGCCUAGCUUUACUUCCUAGAAAGUGUUUUCAUUGCUCAAUACAUUGUACAAAAAAACACUCCUUUUCUUAGGAUCAGCGUAAUUCUGGAAAAAAACAAAAAAUAAAUAAAUAACACUCAGAAACACAACACUUUUUAUGAUGAUCUAUGCAUGUC